GUUUGACAUGGAUCGAAUAUUUUGACUAUAUGAAUAUUGGUGGAUUAUUACCUUUUAUGGAUGAUUAAAUGUAUAUUCUUUUUAUUAAAGAAUAUUGGUGGAUUUAUAUAUAUUACAAAGGAUAUUUUGAGAAAAUGUGACAAGAAUGAUUUGGGGAAAACUUAAAGUUUUCAUAAUAUAUAUUCUUACGUCUCGAGAGAAACACGAGGCGUGGGUGGUUAGGGCUACUACUACUUUUGGUGAAAUUUAUUUGGGUCGGUAACCAGUCCGGCAAUGACAUACUCCGGUAGACAUCCCGGGCUUUUAUUUGAGGAUCAAAGAUCCUUUGGUGGUCGUAGUAGUAGUUACCUAAUUUACCCUUGGACAAUGUCCCUUGUGAGUAGGUGGUAGAAAACAUCCUGCCUACUUGGGUUUCUUACUACUCGGAGGGCUUGGAAUCCCUUUUAGAGGGUGUGCACACUUAAGGUAGAAAUUCAGCUUCCAAUUGGUGGUCGGUGGGAGCCGGAAUUCCGGGAUGAGUCGUAGAUAACAACGACUCAUUGGGCUCGAGGAAUCUUGAGUUUCGCCCACUCUUAAAAGAAUCUAAAGUAUUACUUUUGGAGGAAUUGAAAGAUGAUCUUAUCUAUUGUGGAAACUAUUUUAUGACAUUAAACCAUUUUGGAAAUAUGAGAGACUACUUUUCGAUAUAUAUAUAUAUAUACAAAAACCUAUUUUCCAAAUUAUAUUAUUUUACGGGUUCGGGUGGAAUCUUACUUAGCUCUAAAGCUAAUUUUUGUCUCUUUUCUCUUUUUCUCUUUGCUCUAUUGUACAGAUGAUUAUGAUUAUGAAGAUUGAUGUACUUGGUGCCCGAGUGUUCCGCUAGUUGCACACGUUUGAUUAAUUAUUGUUGUUUAAAAUUGUAAUCCAUAAACUUGUUUUAAGUUUUAUCCGAUGGCUACUUGACUUUAUGGUGGAUAGCCUGUGCACUCAAUCAUGUAUAGGUUGAGUGUGGCGGUGACACACCUGUUUUUCCAUUAAAGACUUCCGCUGUACUCUAAAUAUGUUUUAUAAUAAAGAUGUUUUCAUUUCAAAAUGUUAUUUUAUUUUGGUGGGAAAAAUGGGGGUGUUACAAGUUGGUAUCAGAGCCUUAGGUUUUCCAAAGGGAUUAGAACACGAGGUAAUAGGUUGUAUGGAGAAAUUCUGUCACCAAGACGAUAAGAGUCUAAGGCUGUUGGUUCUUAAUUGAGCCUUUGCGCUCGUCCAACUACCUGGGAAUUUCUCCUUGUGCUGAAACUUCGUCGUUCGAAAUCGUUGAAGGAAACCUUUGAAAUUGUACCUUCAAAAGGGAGAUUUUCAAAUAUUUUUAAAAUUAGGAAAGAUAAUAUAGCUAGGAAAUGGCCUUUUAGGAACGUGGUGAGGACCUUGUGAGUAUUUAUUUUCCUUACAUGUAUCAUGUAUGUGAUAAUUAUGCUAAUUGUGGGCCCAUUUGAGAAAUGGGAACCCCAAAUGAUAAAAUGGGAAUGCCUCAUAGGGCAAAAUUCCGAAGUGGCUAAGGUAUGUACAAACAUUAUGUGUGAAAGUGCUUUUAUGUGAAGUAUGAAUCCUCUGUAUGAUUGUUAUGUACAUUUUUAUAUGAUCAUGUUGCAUAGCCUAUGGAAUCCUUAGUUGAACUAGGAUCCUUAGGAGAAAAAUAUAGAAAAUCUUACACGAAUACUUUAUGUCAUUAAGAUAUCAUGGCACCGAGAAGAGACCCUGAUAACACGCCCACCAAUGCUGAGUUGGCACAAAGCGUUCAACAACUGGCACAAUUCAUGCACACACUGGGUGCUACUGUGCUCCAGAACAAUCAAAACCAGAACAACGGGAAUGAUGCCGCAAAACGAGUGGCAUCUCGCAACCCUCCAAGCUUUCAUGGGCAAGAAGAUCCUCGUAUCCUCGAAAAUUGGCUCCGACUCUUUGACAAACUCUUCGACGCGGUGAGCUGUCCGGAAGAGCAAAGGGUUGACAUUGCUGUUUACUAUUUACAGCAAGAAGCGGAUAACUGGUGGGUCUCAUCAGGCCCAACUUUACGUCAACAACCUGACUUCAAUUGGGAAGCUUUCAAGAUUGCCAUGAGGAAACGUUUUUAUCCUGCACACGUUCAGGCCACCAUGCGUGAUGAAUUCAUACAUUUGAAACAGAUGGGCAUGAGUGUCCAGGAAUAUCACAAUAAAUUCGUGGACCUCGCGCCAUUUGCGAAAACAAUAGUGCCUGAUGAAAGCACCAAAGUUGAGAAAUUUAUCUACGGAUUAAACUAUGAUACACAGAAAAUCGUCGCUGUUUUGGGUUGCCAAACUCUGACUGAAGCUUAUGAUAGAGCUGCAGUUCACUAUCGAGUUCAGCAACUACAAAGAGAGAGGAACCAGAAGAUGAAGAGGGACGAAGAUGGAGGUCGAGGAGAAAAGAGGGUCAGAGUGCACCCACCUACACAGCAACAAGAAGGGAGGAGGAGGAGAGAUGACCAAGGUGGAAGAAAUUUCCACGGUCAAAACCAACAAAAUGAUCGAAGAGUUGCUCCCAGAGAUAGACACUUCUACUGCAAGAGGUGCGGGAGAGAUCAUCCCGGUGUUAACUGCGAUGGAAGCCUGACAAAAUGUUUCAAUUGUGGGAAGCUAGGGCACAGAACCUUCGAGUGUCUCUCAAAGACCAAUGGGGCACCAGUGAACCAGGUGCAAUACCGUGAUGGAGGAAGACCAGAUAUGAAUCAAGCUAGGCCAAAUGGAGGACAAAAUAACAACAACAAUGCCGCCGCCGCCAACAACAACCGCAACCCUCGAGAAGGAGGGGAGAAUAAUCGUGGCAAUGGCAAUGGCGGGAACAAUGGCAAUGGCGGAAACAACGGCAACCGUCCGAACCAAGGGCGAAUCAUGGUGAUGAAUCAGGCCCAAGCCAAUGCUAAUGAUGUGGUUUCAGAUGAUUAUGAUUAUGAAGAUUGAUGUACUUGGUGCCCGAGUGUUCCGCUAGUUGCACACGUUUGAUUAAUUAUUGUUGUUUAAAAUUGUAAUCCAUAAACUUGUUUUAAGUUUUAUCCGAUGGCUACUUGACUUUAUGGUGGAUAGCCUGUGCACUCAAUCAUGUAUAGGUUGAGUGUGGCGGUGACACACCUGUUUUUCCAUUAAAGACUUCCGCUGUACUCUAAAUAUGUUUUAUAAUAAAGAUGUUUUCAUUUCAAAAUGUUAUUUUAUUUUGGUGGGAAAAAUGGGGGUGUUACAUUCUCUGACCGGUGGAAUGCCUACCCGGUGAAGACGAUUCCGCCGCCUAUGACGGACGAGGAGCUCGGGUAUGCCAAGCGCAUAGCUGGACUCGGCAUCCAGAACCUCCGGUUGCUGGUGGCCGAGCCUUUUAAAGCUCGGGCUGGGUUAGGAGUUUUCCCAUCUACGUCCACCAUGGGCCGCACCAACAAUGCCUCGACUGCCGCCGGCCGUGAGCCCAAAGACCAUGGCAAGCUGGAGAAGCCGCUCGUCCCCAAGGUCGAAACCCGGAUGACCAGAGCACGGGCUAAUGACACUUCUGGGGCCGGUGCUUCCAAGAGGCCUCGUGUCGAGGGUACUGCAUCCAAGGCCAUCAUAGUGGCCGAUGACUCUGAUGGUGAGCCCGGGAGUCCCAUCAAGCGGAAACCCACCUCCCGGAACAAGCCCCAUAUUUCUCCCCCGCGGAAUUCUGACGUUCGUCGCCUCCGUGAUGAGGAUGUCCAGACUGCCAAGGGUUCUGACGACGCUCGUCCUACUUCGCUCCCAGAAACCAGUGGGUCCUCCCUUGGCCUGAUUGAGUUUUCCGGGGUUGGUCCCCGCAAGGAGUCGAUGAUGCUUUUUGGCCAGACAGCGUCCUCCAUCUGGUGUGGCCUGAAUCUCAAGGUUCCCCAGGACUUCGCCGCUCAGGAGGCCCCUGAAGAACUCUUGGAGUGCGGCCAGAGCACUCUGGAUAAGGCCGGGCUCUACUUCCACAGGGCUCGGAUGGCUUUCGAGCAUCAGGGUAGGGAGAUGGCCAGAGUACGGGUUGAAUGUGAUGCCCUUCUGAGGAAUGCCAAAGGCAGGGCUGGAACUCUCCAAGAGAAGGCCGAUGCCUAUGACAAGCUCGUCCAGGAGAAUGCUUCCCAGAAGGAGCUCCUCAAGAAACAGGAGGCUGAGCUUGUGGACCCCCGCAGCCGGAUGUGGGCCGUAGAGCAGGCCAAGGUGGAACUCCGCCGUACGGGCGUGGACAAUCAUGUCCCCAUUUAUGAGGCCGAUGUUGCCAAGAUCAAGGAGUCUGGCUCUAUUGAGUUUCAGAAGUCCAAAGCUUAUACUGGCGCCAUCCAUACCAUGGCCAUGAGGUUCCUCCCGAGGCUCGUCGGUGAGUUUUUGGCCACCUGCCCUGACCCCUAUCUGGAUGGGGUUAAGCUGCUCCAAGCCACCCCCACCGGACGGCGUUUCCUUGAUGAUCUCGCCGACGAUACCUACCGCAAGGGCAUGGUUGGGCUAGUAGCAGAGAAUCUCCCGACGCUCGAGCGUCACUUCGGGGCACCCUUCGAUCCGGAGGCCGCCGGUUUUGACUUUCUGAUGGCGGACGCUCAUGCAGGGGCCCUUGAGCUGCUGAAGGAGCGUAGGGAGCAGGAGGAAGCCGAAGCUAGAGACAAGGCCAAACAGACUCUUUUCAAGGCUCCCACUCCGGACGUCGAUCAGCAUUGAUUCUCCGUUCAUUGUUUUGUACUUGUACCAAUUUUUUCAUUAUUUACAUUGUACCUUACACAUUGUAACUUUCCGGUCAUCAGUGCCGAAGAAUAAAAAUUAUUGUUUGCU